CCGCGGGGCGCAUAUUCAAACCGCACGGAGAGGAGGGAGGAGGUCGUGAUGGCGGCCCCAGAGCCGGAAGUGCUGUCUCAGGCAGCAGUCCCUGAUUUAGAGUGGUGUGAGAAGUCGGAGGAAACCCACGCCCCCCAAAUAGAACUACUUGAGACCACCUCUGCUCAGCAACCUCCUAACCCUUCGGAGCCCUUUUGCCCCAGAGACUGCAUGGUGCCAGUGGUGUUUCCCGGUCCUGUGAGCCAGGAAGGCUGCUGUCGGUUUACUUGUGAACUUCUGAAGCAUAUCAUGUACCAACGGCAGCAACUCCCUCUGCCCUAUGAACAGCUUAAGCACUUCUACCGAAAACCUUCUCUCCAGGCGGAGGACGUGGUAAAGAAGAAACCUCGAGCCACUGCUGAGGUGAACAGCAGGAAAUGCCAACAAGCCCUGGCAGAACUGGAGAGUGUCCUCGGCCACCUAGAGGGUCUCUUUGCCCGGACACUAGUACCACGAGUGCUUAUCCUCCUUGGUGGCAGUGUUGUAAGUCCCAAGGAGUUCUACGAGCUUGACUUGUCCCGCUUGGCCCCCAACAGCAUGGACCAGAGCCUGAGUACAGCGGCUUGUUUGCGUCGUCUCUUCCGAGCUAUUUUCAUGGCUGAUGCCUUCAGUGAGCUGCAGGCUCCUCCACUCAUGGGCACCAUCGUCAUGGCACAGGGGCAUCGCGACUGUGGGGAAGAUUGGUUUCGACCCAAGCUCAACUACCGAGUGCCCAGCCGGGGCCAUAAACUGACUGUGACCCUGUCCUGUGGCAGACCCUCUAUCCCAACCACGGCCUGGGAGGAUUACAUUUGGUUCCAGGCACCAGUGACACUUAAAGGCUUCCAUGAGUGAAUGGGGGUACUUCUUAACCGUGAACACAAUGGCUAAAUUAUUUUUCCCCCUGUGGCUAUGUGUCACCCAUCUCUUGCUUGGAGCUAGAGUUGCUUCCAGGUGAGAGGAAGGGUCUGUCUUUCUGGCUGCCUGCCUGCCUGCCUGCCCUCCUCAGACUUCCUGGUGGGUUGAUGGUAUGGCUGUGGCUGUAAUAAUCAUCAUUGAACAACAUCUCUUUGAAUCCAAGGUUGAUUUUCCUAGAGGGUGCUGGGUCAGGCAUUUCUGUUUGGGGUUGGAAAGCAAACUUGGGCCCGUAGACAGAUACUCCUGUGGGAGUAGCCCUUUUCUGCUUUUUGCUGUGGCCUUCCAGAAUUUUUACCAGGGACAUAAUAAUGUGGGUGUGACUCAUGAACUUAAAUAUAAAAUGAAUGAAUUCAUAUUAAAUUUUCCUGAAACUC